UCUAAAACUAUCUUGUUAGUUGUAAUGGGAGUUAUUAUUUUACUAUUUGUUGCUGUCCUGUUAUACAUGUGCUGUAGGAGAAAAAAGAAUCAUGAAGGUGGUGUUUGCUUUAGAUUUGACAGAAACGUUUUUCAUAUACACAGUGUAGACAGUGUACACUUUGGGAAAAAAGUGACUAUACAGACUGCAGCCCAAGGAAAUCCAUCAGAACCUAGUGAACAGCCUGAAAUUGUUCCAUUAAUGGAAAUAAUUAGUGAACCAUCAGAUCCAAAUUUAGAGUCAGAAACACUCUCAAAGGAACCAAAUGUACCAUCAUUGCGAAUUAAAGUUCCUAAAAAGUUAUAUACUGAAGUAGUAACUUCUACCUUAAAAAUUGAAGUUACUAUUUCUGGAGAUGUACAUGAAGUAAUAUGGUAUUUUAACGAAGAGAUGGUAGAUUUAACUAACAUUACAAAAUACUCAAUUGAAAAUAUUUCGCAACCAUCACUGACAGUAAUGAAUUUGGAUAGAUCUGAUAAUGGAAGUUACUAUUGUGAAGCUAUUGAUGAGAAGGAAAAUAAAGUACAGAGUGAUUCUAUUAGAGUGAAAGUGAAAGAGCCUGUUGUGAAGGUGAGCAAAUUUUCAGUUGAUGUUGACAAGGGAAAUAAAACUACAAUUGAAUGUACUAUUACAAAUAAACCCAGAGAUUGUAAUAUCACUUGGCUGAAAAUUUUGAUAAGUGAUAAAAAUAUGAAGGAAGAAUUGAAAACCAGUAAGAAUAAAGAUGCCAAAUAUCAAGAUUCCAAUGUAGACUUUCCACACUUGACUAUAUUAGAUGCUCAAGAAUCAGAUGAGGCUUAUUACCGUGUUUGCCUUAAGUAUUGCACAUCUGCUGGAGAAAGAACAGUUGAAAGUGAAAAUCCAACAAGACUUCAUGUGCAUGAAGCAAAGAAAGGAGUUGUGAAUAUAGCUAAGAAUUUUGAUGUGAGAAGUAAUCAUAUUGGACAUGUGAUUAUGGGCAGUCAAGAUGUUACAUUGCAGAAAGGGGAAAAUCCUGAAGACGGCAAACCUAAAAUAAGUGGUUCUAAGGAAAAGGAUGAUAAUGAUGAUGGUGAUAGGGAUGAUGACGAUGAAGAGGAAGAGGAGGGGGAAGAGGAGGAAGAAGAAGAGGAGGGGGAAGGGAAUGAGGAAGAAAGUACAAAAUCAAGUGAAGAUGGUAAUAAAUUUCAUAAAGGCAUUCACAAUGGAGAUACUUCAAAUAACUCAUCUGCUGGACAGAAUAAAGGAGAAAUGAGGGACAAUGAUAUUGUAGAUAUAAACAAGGAGAUGAAGCUAAAUUUAAAGAUACAGACUGCAACAUCAGGAACAUGGGGGAAGAAUAAUAUUGACUUAUCAAAUAUAGAAAGAAUAGCAGAAGAAAUUAAAUUUAGUGUUAAAAAUGUUCAUGCAGAUGGAAACUGUAUGUUUCAUGCAAUUGCUAUACAAAUCUGGACAAUGUUGCAAAGCAGAAUCAUGGAGGAAAAGGCUAAGGAAUUAAGAUCCAAAACAGUUGAAUUCUUAAGAAACAAUGAUGAAACACCUAGUGGAGAAAAGUAUUCCUCAUUUUUAAUAUGUGAUGAAGAAAACCAAAGACAGGAAAAAUGGCUGCAGUAUUUAAAAAACAUGAGUUCUCCUGGAAUAUAUGGAGAUGAAAUUAUUCUCAGGGCAAUAAGUCACCAUUUCAAUGUCCAUAUAUGGGUUCUUUCAACUGCUAGGCCAAAGGAAUUCAUCAAAUAUAAUGCGGCCAGUUCAAGUGGUGAUACUAUUGUAGUGCAUCUUGGUUUUAUUGAUGAAAGUCUUCACUAUGUGAAAUUAGAACGAAAAAAGGAACAGGUCAACUUUGAAUCAGUUGUGUGAUGUUCAGAAUAGUUAGGCCAGGUUGUAUGACAAAAGUUAUAGUCUACAAAUGUGUUCAUAGAGUUUAGAGAAAGGUACAGCAUGCACUGCCAGAUUGUACUGAUCUCAUACAAGGUUCAGAGAGAAAGUUGUUAAAAGAUCAAAACCUCAAGUUUUCUGUGAAACAAGAUGUGUUACUGUCUGGAUGUAUGGUAGUUUUGAUAUGUGUAGAUGUUGGUUAUUUAGGUAUUAUGGCUCAAGGCAUGCUUAUAGUUUUCCACAAACAGCAUAUCAUAUAAUUAUACAUAUUUGUUAUUUAAGCAUAUUGUUGAAUUUCAUCUCAUUGUUAUAGAUUGA